UUAUAUAGUGUCGGCCCCGGCCCGACAUCGCAGUGCGCCCCUUCUCAGGGGACAGUAUCCAACGGGGCGCCAGUACCUGUGUGAGGCGAGGCGGACGCCAUGGCGGCCGAGGCCCUGGCGGCGGAUGCUGUGGCGUCGCGCCUGGCGCGGCAGGAGGAGGACAUCCGCUGGCUGUGGACGGAGGUCCACCGCCUGAGGGACGAGCAGCUGAACGCGCCCGACCGCUGCCAGGCCGAGGGGCCGUGCCUCACGCGCGAGGUGGCGCAGCUGCGGGCCGAGAACCGCGAGCUGCGCCACCGCCUGUACCGCCUGCGGCUGUGCCUCGCGGAGGAGCUGAGCCACCAGGCGCGACGGGAGAGCGCCCUGCGGCAGGAGGCCGGGCGCGCGGCCGCGGGCGCGCAGCCUCCUCCUAGUCAGAGCCAAGAAAAGGACAUUAAAAAGACGAAGGAAAGCGGGCCUGACAGUGAGGUGAAGAAUCCACCAAAUUUUGUGAAGGAGAGAUUGAAGCUUUUUGAAAUACUGAAGAAAGAUCAUCAGCUCUUACUUGCUAUUUAUGAAAAAAAGGGGAAUACAAGCAAUGUGAUCACAGUAAGAGUGGCUGAUGGGAAAACAGUGGAAGGGGAAGCUUGGAAAACAACACCUUACCAAGUGGCUGCUGAAAUUAGUCAGGAGCUGGCGGAAAGCACAGUGAUAGCCAAAGUGAAUGGGGAGCUGUGGGACCUGGACCGUCCGCUGGAAGGGGACUCCACCCUAGAGCUGCUCAUGUUUGAGGACAAGGAAGCGCAAGCUGUGUACUGGCACUCCAGUGCCCACGUCCUCGGGGAAGCCCUGGAGCUCCGCUACGGGGGCCUCCUGUGCUGUGGGCCACCCACCGACUGCGGGUUCUACUACGACAUGUUCCUCGAAGACAGGGCCGUGUCCAGCACAGAGCUGCCGGCACUGGAGAGCGCGUGCAAGGCCAUCAUCAAAGAGCAGCAGCCUUUCGAAAGGUUGGAAGUCAGCAAGGAGGCCCUGCUGGACCUGUUUAAGUACAAUAAAUUUAAAUGCCGCAUCCUGAAGGAGAAGAUUAACACACCAACGACCACAGUUUACAGGGAACUUCCUUUCCACACUCAAGUACUGUGGUUCUCUGACUUAAUUGUACUGUGUGGUCCACUAGUUGACCUUUGUAAAGGCCCCCAUGUAAGACACACUGGAAAAAUUAAAGCGAUAAAAAUUUUCAAGAAUUCCUCAACAUAUUGGGAGGGUAACCCUGAAAUGGAGACGCUGCAGAGGGUCUACGGGAUAUCCUUUCCUGAUGACCAGAUGAUGACAGCCUGGGAGAAGCUGCAGGAGGAGGCCAAGACCCAGGAUCACAGGAGGAUUGGGAAGGAACAAGAACUUUUCUUCUUCCAUGAUCUGAGUCCUGGAAGCUGUUUCUUUCUUCCCAGAGGAGCCUUUGUUUAUAAUACACUUAUGGAUUUCAUACGAGAGGAGUACCACCGACGCAGCUUCAUGGAGGUGCUCUCCCCCAACGUGUACAGCAGCAAGCUCUGGGAAACCUCUGGACACUGGCAGCAUUACAGUGACAACAUGUUCACCUUUGACAUUGACAAGGACACUUUUGCCCUUAAGCCCAUGAAUUGUCCGGGGCACUGUCUGAUGUUUGCCCAUCGUCCACGAUCAUGGAGGGAAAUGCCUAUUAGAUUUGCUGACUUCGGAGCUCUUCACAGGAAUGAGCCAUUGGGAACUUUGAGUGGCUUGACCUGCGUCAGGCGCUUCCAGCAGGAUGACGCUCACAUCUUCUGCACUGUGGAGCAGAUUGAAGAAGAAAUAAAAGGGUGUUUGCAGUUUUUGCAAUCCGUUUACUCAACAUUUGGCUUCUCCUUUCAAUUAAAUUUGUCAACAAGACCUGAAAACUUUCUAGGGGAGGUUGAGAUAUGGGAUGAAGCUGAAAAGCAACUACAGAAUAGCUUGAUGGAAUUUGGGAAACCAUGGAAGAUGAACCCGGGAGAUGGAGCAUUUUAUGGUCCUAAAAUUGAUAUAAAAAUCAAGGAUGCUAUUGGCAGAUACCAUCAGUGUGCUACAAUUCAGCUGGAUUUCCAACUGCCUGUAAGAUUUAAUCUUACAUAUGUUAGGCAACAUUAUGUGACAUUCAGGAACAUACCAUGCUGUUUCCAGUUUGUAGAAUGAAUUAUUUCUUCAUAUAUGUGAGCAGGACUGGACUCAGGCCCCCCAGCCCCACCCCAAAGCUUCUGUAGGAUCUGAAAGAGGAUUUGGCCUGCAGUCAGUCUGCCGUGGCUCUUAGCAGAAAUGAUUGGCAAUGACGAUGUCCAAUGAAAACUCUUUUGAAGUGAGUUUAAUGAAUGAGUCUCUGUUUUUAUUCGUCUAUUUGCCCUGUAUGUAUAUGUGUUUCAGUAGUAACUAGCUGGUACAGCGUUUAGAUAAAAAUUUAUCCUAAGAACUUUGUAAGUAUCACAUAUUAUUACAUUUGUUGCAAUAAUGUGAAAUUUAUCUUUCUGGGAAAAGUGUGCACAGAUCUUGGAGUGCCUUACUUUAUUACAAUUAACAGUUGUAAUUUGCUUUUUACAUCUUUUUCUGAAAGGGAGGAGAGAAUUCUCAAAUGUAAGGAGAAUGUCAUGAAGGUUUCAGGUCUGUAAACGGAAUUUGACCGGUGGACUUCUGGAACAAGUAUCAGGAACAUUUUGAAAUAUAUCAGUAGUAUGGGGGCAUAGUGUUUACAAUAUGGCAGUGUGUUUACAGUGGAUGGUGUCAGGAAUGGGUGCAUUUGGACCAAACCAGAUUGGCUGUGAGUUGACAUUUGCUGAUGCUGAGAAAGGGUUAUGUGGGAGUUCAUUAUACUAUUCUCUCUACUUUUGUAUAUGUUUUCAAUAUUCUCUAAUAACUAAUAACUUAUAUUAAUUAAACAAGGUUGGUAAAUUUUUUGCCAGCCACCGUGGUCAUACCAUUAACCCAAACUAAUAGAAUACCAACAUAUUCUAUUAGAGAGUACAGAAACCCAUUUUCUUUAUUUUUGCAAUGUCUUUGAUAAUUGUUCAAUAAAUUAGUGGUGAAGUAAGCCAUAGUUCAAAAUAAAGUUAAUUUAAAAAAUAUGAUUUGUAAGAUUGCCUCUCAAUAUGAGUAAACUGGUAGUUUCGAAUAAAGCUGGUAGUUUAGAAUAAUCAGUAGAUUUGUAAUAGAGAUAGUGAUCUAAUAUUACCUUGCUUUUUCCUAGAUGAUUUAUUUUAUUUCCCUUUGGUUUGUAAAAGAUACCAUAGGGCUUCCCUGGUGGCGCAGUGGUUAAGAAUCCACCUGCCAAUGCAGGGGACACUGGUUCAAGCCCUGGUCUGGGAAGAUAACACAUGCCGCGGAGCAACUAAGCCCGUGUGCCACAACUACUGAAGCCUGCACGCCUAGAGCUCAUGCUCUGCAACAAGAGAAGCCACCACAAUGAGAAGCCCGGGCACCACAACGAAGAGUAGUCCCCGCUCGCUGCAACUAGAGAAAGCCCAUGCGCAGCAACGAAGACCUAAUGCAGCCAAAAAUAAAUAAAUUUUGAAAAUAAUAAACUAUUAGAAAAAUAAAAAACAUAAUGCAAAAUGUCUUUAAUAAAAGAUACCAUAAUUUGAAAGAAAAAAAACACUUCAUUUCUAAUUAAUGGCACAUUUAUGUUUAAAGAUAAUUUAUGAGUAAUCUGUUGUUUUACCUAGUUUGGGAAAAUACCUUUUAAAUAUAAGGUAAGAAGAUAAAGUUAUUUAUGAAUCUUAAGAGAAUAAUUAACUGUAUAAUUUUCAUUUUUUUAGUAAGGAUGGGGAUGAUAAGAAGAGC